CCCAAAGUAACAUUACCUCUUCCGACCUCUAUCACUUCACUCCUCUCUACUCCUCCUCCUACUACCACUACUACUACUACUAAUCUAUUCCAAACGACAAUUUCAUCUCUGCCAACACUAGCUACACCUUUUCUCUAUAACUUCACCUUAAUUUCUUUUCCUCAACCCCAGUACUACGUUUGAAUAUCAAUUUUUUUUUUUAUAUAUAUAUAGAUAAAUAUAUGGAAUUUCCAGAGUUGUCGUUGGCUCCAACGCAGGCCUUUGUUCAUUCAAACGGCAACAAUAUUGGUUUGUCUUUGGAAUCAGAUCAAAGCAACGCUUCAAGGAAAAGGAAGCUCUUCCAAGAUCAUCAUCAUUUUCUCAUGAAUACUAAUAAUAUUGAUCAUCAUCAACCACCACUCAGCGUUGAUCUUCAACUGAAAGACCCUCUACCCUUGGAUUGGGAGCAGUGUCUCGAUCUCGAAUCGGGAGAAAUGUAUUACUUGAACAGAAAAACACUGAGAAAGAGCUGGAACUGGCCGAUUCAGAUGGAGCAAGCGGCGGCCGCGGCGGCGCUUGACCUUGAGCUAAACAUGUCAUCGUUCUCAGAGGAUCAUCAUAACAGGAUGAAUGGGUUUUCGGAUCCGAUGAUUAUGAAGAGACAAAGUUCCUCUGCGGGCGUGAGUAGUUUUAACAACAACAACAACAUGGUGGCUUUGGCCUGUCUCAAUUGUCAUCUUCUAGUUAUACUCUCUAAGUCUUCUCCUUCAUGCCCUAACUGCAAGUAUAUCCACUCACUGCCCUCCGUCAGCCACCAGAACUGUUCUCCGGCGCCGUCCAAAGUCGCCGCCGUUAAGUCUUUGAACACCUUAAGCCUCCUCAAUUAAUUGAAAAAAUAAUUAUGAUGUCAUAAUUAUAUAAAUUAUUAGAGAGAGAUGUGUAAAAUUGGAAGAUGAUGAUGAUCAAAUUACCAUGAACUAGAAAUGCAAAAUUAAGCAUGAGAAAUUAGAUCAAAAAUCAAGUUAUGUCUGUCUGUGUAUCGAUUAUAUAUGUACUAUCGGUUUCUGAUGAAUAUAUAUAUAUAUAUAUAUAUAUAUAUAUGCAUGUUGUUGUGUAUUCAACUACAAGGAAUAAGUAAAUAUAUGAUUUAUCAUCUA